UCUAAAAGUUCUCAAACACCGACGUUUUUUUAGUUUCAUCCCAAAGUUGUGUAGGUACCUCUACCUAUCCACAUUUUUCUCCGAAAUCAAAUGCACACAAUGUCGAGAAAAACUUUAAUUUCAAAUUUGUUUUCAUAUUUUUCAACCCAUUUAUUAUUUUUAACAACCGUAUUAGCUGCUGCUGAUUGGAAAUGUCCAUUGAACAUACAGAAUAAUUUAAAAUUCAACAAUACUCCUCAAACUUACAAAACGAAAUUCUCCGAGAUGGCCAAGUAUUCGAUAGUAAUGGUACGACAUGGCGAAAGCGAAUGGAACUUGAAGAAUUUAUUCUGCGGAUGGUACGAUGCCGAUUUGAGUCCCAAAGGCCAAGAUGAAGCCAAAGCUGCUGGCAAAGCUUUAAAAGAAGCCGGAUAUAAAUUCGACGUAGCACACACUUCGGUCUUGACCAGAGCUCAGAAAACGCUGUGCUCUAUUUUGGAGGAAAUCGAUCAGAAAGAUUUACCAAUCCAGACGACUUGGCGUCUAAACGAACGUCACUACGGUGGAUUAACUGGAAUGAAUAAAGCUGAAACUGCAGCUAAAUAUGGCGAAGAACAGGUACAAGUUUGGAGACGUAGCUUCGACAUUCCUCCUCCACCGAUGGAAGAAGAUCACGCAUAUUACAAAGAAAUCGUCGACGAUCCUCGCUACAAAGAUGGUCCAUCGCCGGCCGAGUUCCCUAAAUUCGAAUCUUUGAAAUUGACCAUCGCACGUACUCUGCCUUAUUGGAACGAUGUUAUCGUCCCUCAGAUCAAAGAAGGAAAACGUUUAUUAAUCGCUGCUCAUGGUAACAGUUUACGAGGAAUUGUCAAAUACUUAGACAAUAUGUCCGAAGACGCGAUCAUGAAAUUAAAUCUCCCCACCGGUAUUCCAUUCGUAUACGAACUCGACGAAAACUUGAAACCAGUCGUAUCGUUGAAAUUCUUAGGCGACGAAGAGACCGUUAAAAAGGCUAUGGAUGCUGUGGCCGCUCAAGGCAAAGCUAAAUAAUUCCAAGAUAUCGUACAAUUAUAAGAGUAUAGCUUUCGAAUUAAUAAUUUAUUCCUCGAAGUAUGUAAAUAAUUAUUGAAAGAGCCGAAAUUGUAAAUAAUCAAUUUGUUCAAAGUAUUCGCUACUUAUGUAAGGUUUAUAAUUCAAGUGUUAUUUAAAUUUUUGAAAUUUCAUGUAAUUCCAGUCAUGUUCGUUGAUGUAUUCAAAAAUACAAAGUUAUUUUACUGUCGAA